UUUGUUGAUGGGGUCUGAUUGCGUAAACACGUAUCAGGCUUUAAUCUCCAGGAUUUUGACAAACAAGCGUUUUUGAUGAGGGUUAUACCGAUGAUAGUCUGCCUUUUGUGUACUGCUCCGUCUUUGUUUAUCACGUUGAUUUUGAUGUGUCCGAAAUAUCGGCGUUUUAUAACUACAUGCAUUAACUGAAUCAAUCCCAUUGUUUGUCUGCCACGUUUUUGGAAAUCGCCUGCGGGCGGGGAACAGGAAAGCCAGUCCUAUAAACACUGUAAGAGGGCCGUGCCUGAGUGAGCCGCGCUCACGCCGUAAUGCACCCGCAGCAGCCAGCCAGACGGCCAGCAAAGAGUGACAUGAGGGGCGCCACGGGCAAACCAUUCUACUUAGCGGCAAUCGCCCUGGAGGAUUUUCUCAAAGAACCCCCCUUCGGGUUCACGGUGGAGAAGAGGGGUUCUGGUUACCGAUUCGUGAAGUACGACCCCGAGAGCUGCUGCGUGUUUAUCGAUGACGUCCAGACAGCCAAGGGAAAAGUUAUUUUCCAGCACUCUCCCGGGAGGUCGGUGAAGGUGCGAUCUCCUGGAGAGUAUACGCAGCUGAGAAAGAGGCUGACGUCUAAACUUAUCUUCUUGCUGGUUUCAGCCUGCGGAGGUUCUGCAGGCGGUACAACGAAACGAAAAGCCAAAGUGCUUAAACAUUAUAUUGUUGUCAUUAAUGGAAAUAACCCCUUCAUUAAGUGGGACCUGGAACAAGGACUGGACCACACUAUAUCAUCGGUGGCAGGGGAAAGCUACCGUGUUAAGGUUGAUGUAAAAGCUGCUCUGAAAAGAUGGGUGGAACAAGAGCAUUUUGUUAUCAGUGUUGGCAAUGAAAAAGUCACUCCAGUGUGGCAGAACACUAGCUUUGCUAUAAAAUAUUCCGUAGGAGCGCUGUUCGACUUCCCCUUCUGGCUUGGAUUUAGUAAAAGAUCCUUCAGCAUUGGAGGAAAGGUGUCCUACUUCUCCAUCUUGGACAAGCAGAAGGUUUUUGAAAUGCAAGAACUUUUUUCCAGCUUUUUCUGUCCAAGUUUGAAAAUGACAUAAAGAAACACUUGGAAGGCUGGUUCACUUACCUUUGUUAUAUCUUGUGUUUUAAUUUAAAAGAACCAGUUCUUUCCAAGAGGUCAUUCAUUGUCCCGCAUGACAUUUGCUCAGCCUGGAGCUGCAGGUGUCAGUGUGGUUUGGUCCAAGUGUUAGAGGCCAAGCACCACUGGAUGUGACAGCCGCAAAUCUAACAGCUUAAGGCUUAGGCGUCGAGACGCUUUGACUCGAGUGGAGGAACGCUGUGGUGCAGUGCUUCUAUGGUACUCUAAUACAGGGGAAAGCCAGGAAUCAGCUAUACAUCAGUCAGUCUGAUGUUAAAAAUACACGUAAAAAGCUUUUAUCUGUGUCUGUUACACAUCUAGCCAUAUUUGAAAUAUAUUCUGAUGUAAAAUAAAUGACUAAACUUGAUGCUUUUUGUUUUGAAGGGAAUAUCAGCUCCAAAAUAGCAUAUUAAAUAUGCCAACAGGUUAUGAUAAUAUGAUAGACAAUUAGUUAGUUAUCAGAAAAUUAUGCCAUAUAUAAAAUAAAAGUAGACAGUCUUGGAGAUUGAACACUAUUGUAUGUAAAUGAAUGUUUGUGUCUUGGUGUAUGUAACGUUUCACUGUCUGGGCUAUUCUUUGGUCCAUUUCUGUUGCUAUUUUAAUGUUUUUCAGACUUUCUUUAAUAAAUGUUCGAGUUUGUGGCCA